CAUAAACAGAUGCUGGGACUCACAGGAACCUCCAGCCGUACCACGAGGCAAUAGGAUUUCUCAGGUGUAUGUUCAAUUGCAAAGUUCACCGCUAAUAUGUGCCUUUCCCUCGACUCUCUUGAUGAUGAUACCCUCCUUGGCGUCUUUUCUGCACUGACAGUUCCAGAUGUGCUCAACCUGAGACAAACAUGUCGUAGACUGCUAUUCUUCUCAAGUCAGCAGAUUGUAUGGCAGAAUAUUGGUUCUUCUCAGAUAUUGCAGCAGGGCAUACCCUUCUCUAAGAAACCACUCUCGAGUUUCUCUGUUCGUGAUCUAGAGGAGAGAGUACGCCGUGCCUACCAUCUUGGGGAAGCUUGGAAAGCUCCUUCAAUUACAUUUCGCGCGUCUAGCUUCGCAGCGAGCAGGGGGGGCCCUAUUCAAGACAUCCACUUCAUUCCUGGCUAUGAUCGGAGAUGGCUCAUCACAGUUUCCCAGGGUAUCUGGUCGAUGAUCACACUCUGGGAUCGCCGUAACUUGGCGCGAGUCACUUCCUGGUCCCCCGAAAAGGCUGUUUUCUCUAAUCUAGCAGUGAACACGUCUGAAGACUGUGAAGCUACUCUCGCGGUGUCAUUGCACAGAUACGACUCCGUUGUGGUUGAGAUAUUAGCUAUCACGUCUACAGUGCCAGACUCUCCGCCGGGGUUUGAAUGUGUUGCCCGACUCAACACGUUGCGUCAACCAAUCGCUAUGUGUGGGUCCUUAGUGGCCUUAGCUGACGAUGAAGCCGAAACAAUAAUCUGGAACUGGAAAACGCAGGAGUACGCGGUCUUGCAAAGUCCCGUCGAAGCGGACCUUUGGAGGAAUAAAUGCACUCAAAUCGUCUUUGCAUACAAGACCAUCCUUGUUGUCAGAGCUCGUUCAGUUCAUGCAUUUGCAGAGCCAAAACUGGCAUCACAUCCCAACACAUGUGUCCACCAUCCUUAUGCCCAGAGUACAUUUGGCUGGGUGGACGGUAUCUUUGUCUCUAAUCCGCCAUUUUCGCCUAAGGACCCCACAAGAAUGGAGGGACAGCCUCUGUCAAUUAUCGUGCGUACGAAGAAUGAUGACCCGUGGUCAUCCACGUUCAAGAUUCAACUCUGGACUUUGAGUCCGAUGACCUCGUCCCAUCAAACUACUGUCGAUGGGCCAUACUACAAUUUUCCUCCUUCUAUGACUAAAGAAAUCGUCACCCCACGUCGGGGUGCCUUACGAUGCACCGACAUGGUGCUCGGUCCGUAUGGGACUGCAGUCUGGGUACAACCAGAAGACUCUUCAGUUGCGGGCCUAAUCUCUUCAAACGUUCACCUGCAAAAUAUGCCUGUGCCACAGUCUCACGAAACACUCGUCGCCGCUGCCUUCCCUGGAUUACUCAAUACUCAAGGUGAACCGCAGGUCAAGUCAUCGUGGAAGAAUUAUGGCAAGAAUUGGACAUGUCUUGAUUACGACGAGGAAAGAGGCUGCGUCGUACUAGGCUCGGCUGCUGGUGCUGUCACUAUCCUAGAUAUUUAAAAUACAGUCCAUGUCAGUGUCUGGCUCUAAAUAUUCGGGGAUGCAACUGGCAAUUUGUAUGCUCCCGAGGGAUACGCUAAAUUUCUGUCAUGCCAACUUUUAGCUCAAAAUCUCUGGUAGUUGGAAACAUGACGUUGGAAGCAGCAAUGGUAUAGACUCUCAUAUCAUCCUGAUUCCAUGGAAGUACUUGAUUUCCUUUGGAGGUUGUCAUUCCUAGCCUCGGCGAGUCCUCGUUGGAAUGAAAGGACUGCGUGGCCACGCAUAAAAUUACUCACUAAUGUAAGCGCAGAAGGCUAUUCGUGCACUUUCAAAAUAAAUAACCGAC